CCCAACAGUUUGGCCUCCCGCAGGUAAAGGGCGCCCUCUGGUGGCUGCAGCUGAGACGGACGUCAUCAGGGGAUUGGAAAUGGAAAACGUGUCAGCUUUAACAAACAAACCCUGGAUUUAAAAUUCAGGAGCUUCCAGAGUUGGGAUGUGCUCUCUGGUCACGAUGAUGAUGAUGAUGAUGAGUUGGGCUGAACAAGGAAGCAGCAGCAGCGGUGGGAGGGACGGAGAGGUAAGAGGAGAGGCGUCACCUGUACGUGAAACGAACACCUGUUGCCCGGUGGGCUCUUAAAGACGCACAAGAAAAGGUUCGUGUUACACCUGGGGAUCCUGGUGGUUUUUGUCGCUUAAAGGAACAAAACCUCCAUUCUACUCGGUUUCAAACUGUCGCUUCAGUUGGACUGGAGGGAACGUGUAGAGGAUUUAUUUUUAAAGGGAAUCCACCAGCGAACCACAGGCUGAACAUGCUGCAGGUUGUUUGACUGACAGAUAUGGGGUCAGGAAGAUCACACUGGCAGACUUUCGCUGCAGUUGUACUCAUUUGCCACUUUUUGACCACUGAUGGUGGGAAGUCAGAGGUCCGUGGAAAGGUUGGAGGCUCGGUGGAUCUGGAGUGCAGUUUUCCACCAGCAGGGCGGCAGUCUGGGUCAUCUGCAACCCAACAUGUGGUGGAAUGGGUGCGGCAAGGCGUAGACAUUCCUGUCCUGAUGAAAUUUGGAUCCUACACACCCCGAGUCCAUCCACAUUUUGAAGGGCGGGCGUCUCUGCUCAGCAGCGCCACCCUGAGGCUGGAGCGCCUGCAGCUGGAGGACCAGGGUUUCUACAGCUGCCGGAUAUUUCAGCUGGACAAACUGGAGGAGGAAGAGCAGAGCAGCGACUGGACUCGGCUUUCUGUGACCGCCCCGCCCACUUUCACCAAAGCCCCGCCCCCUGUGGUCCAGGCCCUGGUGGGAAGUCCCCUGUCUCUUGACUGCGUUGCUAUUGGCAACCCUACGCCAACCAUCACCUGGCUAAAAGACGGCAGCGCCGUUCCCAGUGCAAACCUUCAGGGAGGAGCGCUGUCUCUGCCGGCGGUGACCGCGCAGGCGGCCGGGCUGUACGCCUGCCACGCCUCCAACGCCGAGGGAAACGCCAGCCGCGUGGCGAGGCUGGAGAUCAAAGGUCCGCCUGUCAUCAUGGUUCCUCCUAAAGACGCAACCCUCAACAUGUCCCAGAAUGCACUGCUGCAGUGCCAGGCGGUGGCCGACCCUCCCAACAUGACGUAUGUGUGGCAGAAAGCCGGAGAAAACGUCCAUCAUAUCGAGUCUCUGAAGUCGCGCGUGAGGAUCCUGGUUGAUGGAACGCUGCAGAUCGUCCGUUUACGGCCAGAAGACUCUGGGAACUUCACCUGCGUACCGACCAACGGGCUGCUGACCCCGCCCACCGCCUCCGCCAUCUUAACUGUGAUGCACCCAGCCAAGGCGCUCCAAAUGCCCGAGGAGACAUACCUUCCCACAGGUAUGGGCGGCGGGAUCCGAUGCCCGGCGGCAGCUCAGCCUCCGCUGCUCCGUGUGGAUUGGAUGAAAGACGGACAGCCUCUGGAUCUGUCUCUGUAUCCAGGAUGGACUCUGAAAGCCGACGGCUCUUUGGCGAUGGCGACUGUCAAUGAGGACGCAGCGGGCAGCUACAGCUGUACGCCAUACAACAGCUACGGCACCAUGGGGCCGUCUGGACCCAUCAGGGUGGUUCUGCAGGACCCCCCGUCUUUCAGCAUCACUCCAGCCCAGGAAUACAGGCGGGACGCUGGCAGGACGCUGCUCAUCCCCUGUCAAGGAAACGCAGCCGCAGCAGCCACCUGGAGCAAGGUUGACCCGGUUCGUUCUGUUUCUUACUCCAUUGAACCCAACGGCUCCUUGCUGCUGCAGCCUCUUCUGAAGGACCACCAGGGGGAGUGGGAGUGCAGCGUCUCCAACCGCGCUGCAUCCAUAGAGACCCGCACACGAGUCUUUGUCCUGGGAACCAGUCCCCACGCUGCCGCCGCGCUGGCCGUCUCUCCUGGGCCGAGCCGGGCCAACCUGUCCUGGGAGGCCGGCUUCGACGGGGGAUCAGCACAGACGUUUUCAGUCUGGGUGAAGAGGAUUUCGGCGAGCGGUGGCGACGGAAGGCAGGAAUGGUUCUCCGUACCCGUUCCCUCCUCAUCCGGUACCAGCCUGCAGGUUUCGGGCCUUUCUCCCGCCACCGACUACCAGUUCAGCGUCUUGUCUCAGAAUAAGUUUGGCACAGGGCCUUUCAGCGAGAUCGUAAUUGCACGCACUUUGGAUUCUCCAGAGAGGAGCGUCAGACCGAAGCCCCCCGCCUCGCUGUCAGCUAAUCAGAGCUCAGCAGGUGUCAUCCUGCAGUGGGCCCUCCCUGACGCCCAGCAGCCGCCCAUCACAGGCUUCGUCCUCCAGUCCCGCUCUGCCGCCGCCGCCGCAGCAGAGGACUGGUUUAAUCUGGAGGAGAACAUCAACGCCAGCAGCAGCCACUUCCUGGUCAGGGGUCUGCAGAAGGACCGUGUGUACGAGCUGCGGAUGCUUUCUCGUCGGGGGGAGCUGCUGAGCGAGCCCGGUCCAUCAGUCAACGUCUCCACCGCAGUGACGGAGAGCUUCGCGGCUACGUCUACGUUUGUCCCGGAGCCGUUGCUAGCCGGUGUGCUAGCCGGGAUCGGCUUCAUGUUUCUGGCGCUGGUCUUGUUGCUCGGUUCUGCCUGCUUGGUCAGCCGCAGGAGGGACCGUCGCCGCAGGAAGACGGAGAACGAACCCCUUCCUGCCAUCUAUAAGUGCUCCCCAUCAAUUAAGACUUCAGGCUCCAGUAGUCCAGACAGUCUGUUGAAGAAAAGCCUCCUCCCAGCCAGCUCCCACUACCCCACAAUCUCUUCUACCACUUCCUCCUCUCAGACGGACUGCUCCAAUUUGAGCACAGAGAAUAGGCGCAGGACUCUAGAGCCAACCUACAGCAGAGGCCGCCUUACCAAGACAACUUCUUUAAUUUCUCCCUCCAUUGAGUUGAUCUCUAGAGGUCCAGAUGGCCGGUUUGCAGUCGGUGACUAUGACACAUUAAGUGUUAACAGCAGAACAAUUUCCAGAGCCAAAAGAUCUGUGUCACUCCACUUGGAAAAGGAGGACAAGAAAGACCUGCCGUGUGUGCUUUCUGUUGACGUUCCUCCGUUUAAACUGGAGGGUGAUUCAAGUCAAAUGCGCAGCUUGGGUCAACUCCCGCCACUUCAGGAAAACUACAUUGUUUCGCCUGAUCAGAACAGCUUGUACUCAAACACCAGUUUUUGCACCAUGCCUUGUCUCAGCAGAAAUACUGGACUGCCUCCAGUAUUUCCCGUCCUCCCACAUCUCCGAGCCAGCAUCGGUCAGCCUUCAACAACAGCGAGCAGCUUGGUUCUCCAAAUGGAACAUGAACGUGAGAAAGGGAACCUUAGUCGGUGUCUGAGGCUGGCACAGGAGAGAGAAGAAAUGGAAAGGGAGCUUCGGUUGUACACACUAGAUAGAAACUCCAUGACAGUCAAGACAGAGCAAAGAGAAACAAGCAAUGGGGACGAAAGUGUUGAGAGUCUUAUGUGGGAAUACAAAAGCAGGACCUUGCCAAACAUUUAUCGUCACGUUGGUAAGGAGAGAUCUAGAUACCUUACAUCGUCCUCAAUCAACUGGGAAGCCCAUCCUUAUGACUCAAGUUCAACUUUGAAUCCAAUCAGAGAUCAUUUGAAUACAUCUCCCCCUUCCAUUCCUUCUUUUUCUCCCUAUUUUCUUGAGUCAUUUAAUAAGAAACCCAAUGGUGUCCGCCACUCUUUUGUUGACACCUCAACUCUCCCUCACCAGAGGUGUCGAGUAGAUCCAUCACAAGGCUACGAUAGUCCAAGACGAUUCUCAUCCUUUGACCCCCAAAUAAGUCACUCAUUCCACAAUCCACAAAAAGAAAACAUUCUCAGUAAUGGCACAAUGUUUCACAGCAACAGAAACACUCCAGAUACAGUAAGAGACUCUACAAGAUUGGACGAAAUGCUCAGUGAACCAUUUGGUUCAGUUGGCAAAGAGUCGUAUGUCGAGAUGAGCGUAGACGAGCCGGAGUACGAGUUGCCCACGUUGCAACCUGCGAAGCCCAUGUUACACCACAGGAUUGCCUCUCAUGUUCAACAUGGCUGCUCGCUGUCUCAGAGAAGCAGGCAUGAAGACAUGAGAAGAAGCACAAGCUUCAAUUGCAGCAGGAAUGCUUCUGUCAGCAGCUUUGACAUGGCCCAUCACGGUCAGCAAACCUCAGGACCAGAACACUGGAGAGCUAGGACCCGAGGUUCCAAAACCUUGGACCGCAGUCAGAGAAGUCAGAGUCUGGACUUGAGGAGACAGAAGAAGAGUACCUUUCUCACACCAUCCGCAUGGGUAGAGUCACUCAGCCAAGAGGACUGUUCGGUUGAAUUGUCUCAUACAAGUACCAAAACUGAGCAACAGUUCUCAACUGCUGCGGGUCCAACUCGCAGUCCAAAUCCUGAUGUGCCCCAUUACCGCCAACCUAGCCCCUCAGCUGACACUGCCAAUCAUCCAACUCCCAAUCAGGACACAAUGAAGGAAUCGGGUUAUAUUGUCAGCCUGAAGGAGGUUUCCACAUACUUGCCGCCCAUCAGCAACGACUUGGAGGCAGUGGAGGUGGACUCGGGAGGCUACGAGGAAGUGGCAGACUCUGGUGGCAGCUACAGCAGCUACGCUAGCAGCGGCCGCGGCAGCAUGGAGACUGCUAAUGGGCAUAUGCCCUUGUCUCACCUGUCCCCAACGCUGACAGACUCACCUGUGACUGCAGAGGACUCUCAGGGGGGAUCAGAGCACAAGGAAGGUGGACAAACAGAAGCAAAACGAAGGAGGCAGUGUUCGGUAGAUGAGAAUUAUGAAUGGGAUGCUGGUGACGUCUGCUCACGGCCUGGAGAAGAAGAUGGCAUUCUCCCACCACCGAACCCACAGAAGCCUGCUGCCAACCGGAGCCGUCCCAGCAUGCCGCGCUGCGAGAAAGCACAGAAACGUUCCCCAGCGUUCGCGUCGCUGCCGGGGCAUCAAAGCAGGCGCUCUGCUGAGCCAGAACCAGACGCCGUGCUGUUCUGACAGCGCCGCCGCUCGCCUCAUCUCACCUGGCGCUCCGGGUGACAAAAGCUCACGCUGGAGAAAGUGAGCUCUUCUGUGAUCAACCUCAUUCUUUUUUUAUUUAAUUUUAUUCCAAGAGUGGAUAAAAGAUGACCAAAGACGAGAGCUUUUUUUGGCAGGUUUGGUCUUUUUUAGCACAGAAAUUCACAUUUUAUCUAAUUAUGCUUAGCAUUUACCACAAAGAUUACAAAUCCUUUUGUUUAUUUUGCUAACUGUGGAUGAAUCAUCUAGUAGGAUUUAGACAAACUCUCAUGCUGUGAGAUUCAGCAAUAUGCACUGAAACAAAGAAAAUACUUUUUUUUUCCCAGCUAGUAUUGAUUUGCUCACUAGGGAGAACGAAUAGAGCAUUAAAAUGUAAUUUCUUGUUCUUAAAUAUGGGAGAAUAUAAAUAACAUGAGGCAGUAGCUGCGUUUCCGUUACAAAUGUAUGCAAAACUUUGUCAAAACUCCACAAAAUGUGGAAUACGCUACCACAAAUGUUUUUUUUUAGCUAAAAUCUUGUCUUCCCUGUGUAUUGAACCUAUGUGUACAAUAAUAUUAAACAAACUACAUGGCAAUAGCGCCCAAUAAGCAGCUAGCAGCUGUUAGCAGCAGUUAGCAUGUGUAAAAUUAAACAUAGCUAAAAUGUACAACAUUAUUAACAGUUAAAAACGUAAACAAAACACAGCAAAAUUACUUAUGAAACACUGUAUAAUACUACAUUUGUCUAAAAUAUGUGUUCAAAUAUACCUUGAAAGAAAACCCAGAGCUGAUCCUAAAACGUACAACGGUUACCGACGGCAACAGAAACGGGGCAGAAGUGUCGGUUACCGGUUACUAUGGUAACCACCAACUGCCAAGAGCAGCGUAACACAAUUUAAAACACAAUAAAUGUCUGGAGAAAAUAACUUGAGUCCUUUUUGCACUGCACAGCCAGACCUGGGUCGACCCGGGCCGGUCCAGGUUAAAAGCAGGGUUGAUCGUUUUUGCAUUAGCACUUCCAGCCCGGUACCACCCGGCUCCCUGGAACCCCGAGAGCUGCGGUGCCAAUCAGGCCAGCCAGAUCGGGUCGGUUUGGAGUUGGCUGUUGAUUGGUUCACUGGCUGUGGGGGCGGGACAAAGACCAGAUCGCUGGAUCAGAGAAGCACUAGACUUUCUCGAUGGCUGUCAUUUCAUUAUGCUGCAUCUAUAAAUUCCUGUCAUAAUCUAUUCUUACCCUACACUGGGGUUACAUUCGCCUCUUCAGCCAAAGGUUUUAAUGGUAAAUGUAAAUAACAUUUCUCCAAAUGAACCAAUCAGAAGUCGUUUAGGCUGUAAACGAGGCGUCGCUCCAGCCGGGAAAUCCCGCCUGCUGCAGCGGUAGUUCAGCUGGCCGCGAGUCCAGCUCAAUGCAAAACGACCAGGGCCAGAGCACCAAUGGGACCGGGUCGAACCGAGCCGGGCCGGGCCCUGCAGUGCAAAAUGGACUUUACUGAACUUACUAAACAAAAUGAAUUCAAAGUAUAAAUCAACACAUUUUGACACACUUUACAUCUAUCACAUUACACGCUAAUUAGUGUUAGCUUUUCUGUAAAUCAACUCUAAAUUAUUCAGGGAAAAUUUCAGAAAUAUUUGGCAAUGCAGUCGAGUCCCAGUGCUACUUGACACACUGUUGGCUAUAGCAUUUACAAACCAGCCAAUCAGGGAGCGGCAUUUAUUUUCUUCACCUAUAAUUGGCUUAUAAAAAAGGAAGUAGUAACGGUGCUAAAACAGUUUCCACUGAGCAUGUUAAAGCACAUUAAGUAUAUUUGGUGUUCGAACUACUGAACAGGCAGGUAUAAGCAUUUUACAGGAGGUUUGAAGUAUUCGUGGGCUCUGUAUGGUGGUAUGAGCUGAAUGCGUCAUCCAGGAAUAAAUCAGAAUAAUUUUAUCUGUUUUCAGGUUUUGGUUUGAAUGAUUUCAUAAAACUGGUUAAAAAAAGUUUUUUCUUUUCUCUCUAAUUAAUUUUAAUCAACUCACCGGGUUUCCUAUUUGUCUAACCGUUUUUUGGUUUUAUCGCCUGUGAUUUAUUGUUGAUAUAUUAAAAGAUGUGAAUAUUUUUUUAAUAAAAGGAUAAAUCAAGUCCAAAAACUAAUUAACUAUACAUGAAUCCUCAUGAGUUUCUGAUUCAUCUGCAGAGGCAAGAAUCAAUUUGCGUAAAAUUUAAUUAAUCGAGAAUAUUGUAGUGUUUAAAAAAACGUCAAGCUUUUAUUGUAAUUAUAAGGUUUAGACGUGUAAGAGGUGUAAUCCUUUACACAGAGGAUUAAUUAUGCUUUUUAUUCAUUUUAUUUCCUUCUGUUAGGUUUUCAUGACAUCUAAGAAAUUGAAAAGAAAUAUAGAAUAAAGAUGUAUUUUUUGCAAGAGAUGUUAAAUUUAUGACAGUUUCUUUUUAGAAAGAGAUACUCAAUUGAUUGAAUGUUACAGGUUUUAUUUUCAGGAAAUAUAUUGUCAUUUUCUAAGAGUUCUGGAUAAGAAAAACCUCAAAAGGAAUUUAAAACUGUAAAUUCAGCAUUUUAAUUUGGUAGAAAAGACAAAUUUGUUGUAAAUAGAUGGCUUUAAAGUAUGAAACAAUGGCUGCCACUUUGUAGGUUGGAGAUCUGAGCCGACUUUUAUGCUUUUAAAUCAAAGUUGCUGUAUGUUUGUUAAAAAUUAAAGUAUGUUUUUAUA